CGCGAAUCCUAACAUGACUUCCUCCUCACCUACAGAACGCAACACCGAAAUGGUCAACCCACGCGUGAUCAUCGUCACUGGUGCUAAUAGAGGUAUAGGACGCGCCAUCUGCGACAAGAUCCUCUCAAGACCCAAUGUCGGACCCAUCAAGCUAUUCGCAACAUCACGAAAAGGCGAUGACCUCGCAAUCAAGGCACAAAGUCCAGAUCAGAAAGUGCUUUACCCCAAGCUAGACAUCUCUGUCCAAGACAGCAUUCGCGACUUUGGCGCGGAAGUCCAAAAGCUCCAUGGACCUGUUUCUGUACUCGUGAACAACGCGGGCGUCAAUCUGGACCAGCCUGCGAAGAGUUAUGGACCGGAGAACGCAAAGAAGACGCUUGACAUCAAUUAUAGAGGGACACUGCAGAUGUGCCAAACGUUUCUUCCACAACUCAGCGAUGGCGGCAGGAUAGUCAAUCUGUCCUCGAUUGCUUCAAGCAUUAACAUCUACAGCCCUGAGAUCCAACAGCGUCUCCGCAGUGCAACCACGUUCGAAGAACUGGAACAAAUCGCCCAAGAAUUCGAGCACUCCGUCCGAACCUCAACCGAAGCAUCCUCAGGCUUUCACUCCACGCAACGAAGCUACAACGUUUCCAAAGCCCUACUUCGUGCAGCAACACGCAUCCUCGCCUCUCAGAGCCCCCGGCAUCUGAUCAACUGCUGCUGUCCAGGAUGGAUAGACACCGACAUGGGCGGGCUGAUGUCUUCGCGUGGAACGCGUCCGCCCAAGACCGCGGAAGAAGGCGCUCGAAUCCCUGUCCGCUUGGCAUUGGACGAUAUCGGCGGCGUCACGGGUGAGCACUGGGCGAACGAUUCUGUGAGGAGCCGUGAAGAGGGGAAGGUGAUGAAGGAUUGGGAGGAGAGUUGA